GUUAUCUCCAUCAGCAUCACCACCACCACCACUGUCACUACGGAAAGUUCCACAACAGGAAGAAACUUGAACUCAACCACCUAGAAGACCAACUGUAACCAUUCUUGUAGUCUGAAUCACUCUUUUUGAAAUGACAGUGGGAGCCGACCCUCCUGUCCGGAACAGUGCAGUCUGCCAUCGGCUACAGCAGCAGCAGGGCGUCGUCUUCCCGGCAGCCUCUCCCUCUUUCUUUCACGAUGUCGCGCCGCAUCAGCAGCUGGGACCGUGGUUGUGGCGCACGCAGGCACACCCGGCGGCAGCGCAUAUCAAUUCCCGGACACGAGGGAACAAGCGGUCCGUCUCCCUUCAUUCCCCUCCGCCACAACCCCCGAAUCUCUGGCACCUUUGUGGACUGCGCCGAGGCAGGGCCGGACACAGACAAAGAACAAGCUAUGCAUUCCCACUGAUGGACUCCUCUGUGGGCGCGGAUGCCUGCCACCGAGCAACCAAAGAAUGCCACGACACCCACCAAAUUCGAUCUCUCACCCACCCCCACACCCUCAACUCACGUCCCCACAAUCUUGGUAACCGACAGUCGGGCACAAACAUGCAGACAACGUCUUUGGUUUGCCUCCUCUUGUCUUGGGCACAGCCAGUGCUGUUGCCGCGGCGUGUCCUAUCUGCAUCGUUGUUCUACUCGCACAAACGGGUGCGUACUCACUACAUUGGUCGGUAUUACCGGCGCGGAGCACUGGGCGCCGUGCUGUUUGUAUGCCGUGUAGUGGAAACACGGGACAGGAUUUAUGCAGGACAACGUUUCUAUUGUAUAUUGUGCCUUCAGUUUGGGAUCCUUGUUUACAAAAACUCGUUGGGUGGCAGCCACGGUGAGCCCCUCUGA